CUAAGAUCAAAGUGUAGUAUCUGUUCUCGUCGUUUUGAAAGUCGGCGCUGGUCCCAUUGGGGCCAGGCUCUUUCAAGCGGAUUUUUGGACAUCGACCAGGAUCACCCGGGUUCACUCGGGCCUGUGUCCCGGAUCGUCUCAGCACUACAGUGCCGUCGAGUUCGGUCCACUCCCGUCUCCUUCGAGAAACGGGAACCCUAUUCUUAUAAACUAAAAAAUAAAAUAAAUUAUCAAGUUCGAUCUAUUUUCACAAAUUCGUUAAAUACCAAAAUUACAUUUAGUAAUGUUUUAGUAAUAACCCUAGUGAAACAUCUUGUAAGUAAGAUCUUGAAAUCUUGGGAUUGGUAGGUAAGAUCUUAUCAAGAUCUUUAAAAGAUAAUUCGCUUGUUCAGAUCUUGUCCUAUCUGAUAAAUCUGUACCUAAGAUCUUAGCAAGAUCAUGGCAACGAUUUCUUUUACUAUUAUCUUCUCACAGAUCUUCAGUAAGACAGAAAGCGACAUCAUUAGUUUAUUUAGAUAGGCUAUCUAGUCAUUCACCGUUUUUUUAUGCAUACAGAACAGAAUAUAAGAAACAUGAUUGAACAUGCAAAAACAUAACUUUACAAAAUAAGUUUUUUUCUAAACUAUUUCUCGACUAUUGAUUAAUCGAGAGGAUGCUGAUCUCGAUCCAUGGUCGAGAGAGGACUACCCUAAAUUGGUCUGACGAAUAUCGGACCAACUUAAAGCCGGCCAGAUCUCAACAUCUGAUUUGCUUGAGCUAUUCGGGACAGGAAUAGUUAAUAUUAAAAUACAUUGAAAAAAUACCAAACAUACUUUCAGAAUGCAUCAUUCAAGAUGUUAUGAAUUCUUAUUUAAGAUCUGCAAUAAGAUCUUGGGUACAAGAUAACUGUAUUAUCUUGUACCUAAAUUUUCAAGAUCUGUUCACUUAUCUGUACCCAAGAUCUUGACCAAGAUCUUACUUACAAGAUGUUUCACUAGGGAAAGUGAAUGAUUUCAUCAUUCGCCUGUUUAAAUUUCAAUCUAUCUAUAAUGACAAUAGAUCGAAAAAUCAUGAUUUUAUUUUGAAAUAUUUUAAAUUCAGAUACUCUAAAAGAACAAAUUCUUGAUGAUUUUAAUAAUACAUUAACAAGUGUUCGAUCUGUUGCAUCAAUCAGUUCAACAACAUCCAGAUCUUUAAAUUAUGAUGAACUUCCUCGAAUUGAUCAACCAUCAUCAUUUGAUAUAUUAAAGAUCUGUUAUGCUCUAUUAAUUCGAAUAUUAGAUUUAUUACAUCGAUUAACACUAAACGAUUGA